AUGUCAUCACAAGAAAGUCCAUCAUCACACAAGAAAUUCUACGAUUUUCGGGUGGAGGAUUGGUAUGAUUGUUGCUUUGAUGGCAACCCACUGACUUUUGUCACUAAAUUCAUGCCAAUCACAAUCGAACAAGCAAAUGCAGUUGUUCACUUGUAUGAAAUUUUUCACAAAUAUCCGAGACAAUUAAUUCCAGAGCUUUCGAAUAGGACAGAUUUGGAUGAGGAGAAGGUGUAUUAUUAUUUGAAGGGAGCUAAAGUUAAAUUGAUGAAAAGAUUUGCUAAUUGUGAGCCUUCGAAUAUUGUUGAGAAUUUUUAUUUAUUCGAAAGUGUUUCUAAUGAAGGAAGUGAAGUUGAUUUGGAAAAUUAUGAACCAAACUUGCGUAAACAAAAGAUUUUCACACAAAAGGAUGCAACUCUCAUUCAACAACUUGCUUUAAAUUUACACGAAACUUUUGAAUCUAUGCCUUCCGAUUGUGAAUAUAGAAAUAAUGGAUAUUUCGUACGUGCAUCCACAAGAUCUCCAAAAGAUGGUUGUCUCAAACACAGAGAAUCGUUUAUGGAACAUUUGAAACAAGAACUUGUCAAGAAUUCACAAGAUUCGAAUAGAGAAUUGACCUACAAUGAACCAUUGGCUGUCGUUAGAACCCUCAACGCCAAACUCUGUGUCCAAAAUGCAAUGCAAGCCAUGAAUCUGGUUAUUCACUCUGAGAGAAUGUAUGCUGAUCUUUUUAGAGCCCUCUUAUUCAUUGAUGAAAAACUGAAAAAAACUCCAGAAUGUGAAUUGCCUGGACAAAAGUUUGUGGCUCGACUUUUUAAAAAGAUGAAACGACCAGAGUAUGAAUUCCGAGUGUUUGUCAAGUAUUUUGAAAAGGAAAUGAAACAUCAAGUGACUGGUAUUACUCAAUAUUUCAGAACUUGUUAUUUGGAGGAUAUUCAACAUGGAACGUUGAAGGAACAGAUUCAGAAGGGAAUUGAAGAGCUAGCUCAAGAGGUUUCCAAACGAUUGAGCACUACAGAGAACUUCGUAUUGGAUGUAUCAGUGGAGUAUGAUAAGAAUGAGACUGGUGAUUGUACAGUGAGUAAGAUUUGGAUGAUUGAAAUUAACAGCUUUUCAAAACAAGCAAGUCCUUGCAUGUUUGAUUGGAAUGAUCCAGUGAGUAAUGAAAUAUUGAUGGGAAAUCGACCAAUGGAAUUCAGAGUACUCACCAAACCACUCACUCUCAAGGAAGGUCGUGAAGAACUAGCAAAGGACAUUCGAGAAAUGUUGGAAGAAAUCAAUGGAGCAGUUCCUCCAGAAGCAGAGGAAUCAAAUGAUGAGGAUAAGAAGAAAAACUGUUCAAUACAAUAA